UCCAUGAAAGACACAAGACGCGUCAACAAGUCUCCACUCCAAACUGUAUUAACAGAAUGGGUGUGUUAUUUCCGUGCCUCUUGCGCUGCUGCGUUUUUAUCAGAGCAUCCGCACUCUUCCUCCUCCUCCUCUCCUCUUCCUCCUCCUCCUCUUCCUCCUGCUGUCCGUUUCUCAGAUGCUCAUGAUACCGGGCUGACCGGGUGCGAUGGCGCAGCUCUACUACGGCGGCGGCGGCGGCGGCGGGAGGGGAGACGGCGGCGGGAGCGGCGUGUUCUCCUCGCGCCGCGACCGCAUCCGUUUGCGCGUGGUGCGCGCGGAGCCGGAGCUCUCGGCGCUGGAGAAGGCGUACCUGAGCGCCGUGGAGAAGGGCGACUAUGGCAGCGUGAGGCGCGCACUGCGCGAAGCCGAGAUCUACUUCAAGAUCAACGUGAACUGCGUGGACCCGCUCGGGCGCACCGCGCUGCUCAUCGCCAUCGAGAACGAGAACAUGGAGAUGGUCGAGCUCCUGUUGGCGCACGAGGUGCACGUCGGGGACGCGCUGCUCCACGCCAUCCGCAAGGAGGUAGUAGGAGCCGUGGAGCUGCUGCUCAACCACAAAAAGCCCAGCGGAGAGAAACAGGUGCCUCCGAUCCUGUUGGACAAACAGUUCUCCGAAUUCACCCCAGACCUUACGCCCAUCAUCCUCGCUGCCCACACGAACAAUUACGAGAUUAUUAAGAUGCUGGUGCAGAAAGGUGUGUCAGUGCCUCAGCCCCAUGAGGUGCGCUGCAACUGUUCCGAGUGCGUAUCCAGCUCGGAUGUGGACAGUCUCCGCCACUCACGCUCACGCCUUAACAUCUACAGGGCCCUGGCAAGCCCAUCACUCAUUGCGCUGUCGAGCGAGGACCCGUUCCUGACCGCCUUCCAGCUCAGCUGGGAGCUCCAGGAGCUCAGCAAGGUGGAGAACGAGUUUAAGGCUGAGUACGAGGAGCUAUCUUAUCAGUGUAAGCGCUUUGCAAAGGAUCUUCUGGACCAGACACGUUCCUCACGCGAACUGGAGCUUAUCCUCAACUUCCGUGAUGACCUUAGCCUUCUAGAGGAGGAAAGCAACAACGAGCUGGCUCGGCUUAAACUGGCCAUCAAAUACAGACAGAAAGAGUUUGUAGCCCAGCCGAACUGUCAGCAGCUCUUGGCUUCACGCUGGUAUGAUGAGUUCCCAGGCUGGAGGAGGCGCCACUGGGCAGGCAAGCUCAUCACGUGUAUCUUCAUCGGCUUACUCUUCCCACUCUUCUCUGUCUGCUACCUUGUGGCUCCCAAAAGCCGCAUCGGCCUCUUCAUCCGCAAGCCCUUUAUCAAGUUCAUCUGCCAUACAUCAUCUUACCUGACCUUCCUCUUCCUCCUCCUGCUGGCCUCGCAGCGUAUCGUUCCCACCGACCCCAGGCGUCAAGGCCCAGAGCCCACCACGGUGGAGUGGAUGAUCCUGCCCUGGGUUUUAGGUUUCAUAUGGACAGAGAUUAAGCAGAUGUGGGAUGGUGGAUUACAGGAUUACAUCCACGACUGGUGGAACCUCAUGGACUUUGUUAUGAACGCCCUCUACUUGGCAACUAUUUCACUAAAGAUAGUUGCAUAUGUUAAGUACAGUGAGAGUAAACCCAGGGACAGCUGGGAAAUGUGGCACCCCACGCUGGUGGCCGAGGCUGUGUUUGCCAUCGCUAACAUCUUCAGCUCCCUGCGCCUCAUCUCCCUCUUCACGGCCAAUUCUCACCUUGGUCCUCUGCAAAUCUCAUUGGGCCGAAUGCUUUUAGACAUCCUCAAGUUCCUUUUCAUCUACUGCCUGGUGCUGGUGGCUUUUGCCAAUGGCCUCAACCAACUCUACUUCUACUACGAGACCAAAGGCAUCGAUAACUGCAAGGGCAUCCGCUGCGAAAAGCAGAACAACGCUUUCUCAACGUUGUUUGAAACGUUACAGUCUUUAUUCUGGUCCAUAUUUGGUCUGAUCAGUUUAUACGUGACCAACGUUCAAGCCGACCACAAAUUCACCGAGUUUGUAGGCGCCACGAUGUUCGGCACGUAUAACAUCAUCUCCCUGGUGGUGCUCCUCAAUAUGCUCAUCGCCAUGAUGAACAACUCGUAUCAGCACAUUGCAGAUCAUGCUGACAUUGAGUGGAAAUUUGCCAGGACGAAGUUGUGGAUGAGCUAUUUUGAAGAGGGAGGUACACUGCCACCACCGUUCAACAUCAUCCCCAGUCCCAAAUCCAUGUGGUACCUCAUUAAUUGGAUUAAGAUUCACAUUUUCAGAAGAAGGUUGAGGAGUACAGAAACUUUUGGAGCAUUAGGGAGAAGAGCUGCCGAAAAAGUAAGACUUAGCCACCAAUAUCAGGGGGUUUUGAGAAACCUGGUAAAAAGAUAUGUAGCAGCUAUGAUCAGAGAUGCCAAAAAAGAAGAAGGACUUACAGAAGAAAACUUCAAGGAGCUGAAGCAGGACAUCUCCAGUUUCCGCUAUGAAGUACUGGAAAUGCUGAAGGGCAAUCGGACAUCUCUGCGUAAGCCAAAAAUGGUUUCUGGAACAUCAGCCUCUUCACAUCCGGGCUGUUUACACCAGUUCAAGAUCAAGCCAAGUACAUGUGAGGCGAGCUUAGACCAUGUGCUAGAGCCUCGGAGGAGCCUCCUCAAUGGCUCGGUCAUGUCCCUGCCUGAAACGUCUGCCAGAGAAAAGCAGAAGAAUGACAAUUCCAGUGACUUUGGUCUGUUCCAAUGCUCUACUCUAAGUCACUGUUCCAACACAAAUAUUUACUCAGUUUUUGAAGAGGACCGUAAAUCAGAGAUUGAACGAUCUGACUGUGCAAAGGAGCACGAAUGUGAGCAUUCGCUGACCCAGAGACAUAUAGAUUGCGGGAAUGAGUCGAAGUCUAAGGAGGGAGAGGAAAAAGAGCCAGCUCUAUCCGAGACUGCAGAUAAGAUCUGCUCUCUUUCACCAACAGACACAUAACUUGAAAACAAGUUGAGGCGAGAUGAUGAGCGAGAUCACCUUUUAAGGUCAGAAUUGGGUCGCUUCUCGAGCUCGUGUGCCGAGGCGAAGUUCAGCUUGAACUGGCACAUAUCCGAGAAUAGACGUCCUUCUAAUCUAAGUCUCAGGGAAAGGCCAAAGCCUGUGGCAUUUUUCAGCGAUUCUAUAGGAAGAGAGAAUAUUGAGCACAUUUAAAUUCAAGACCGACACUUUGCCAAUACAUGCUGUGUAUCUUGAUGGAAAAUGCUCACUCAAGUACAACAAAUAGCAGGCUGCCUGAUCCAGGAACAAUACCAUGUACUUCAUUGUUUGUCUUUUCAUCGUCAAUCUCAUUUCAUCCCCUGAGCACUAGUUAACUUGGUAAACAGUGUCAAAGCUUUGAGGCAAUAACAGUGAAGUGUUUUGAACCAUUUCUCCUGUCAUGCAGUUUAGCAUCAUUUCUCUGACGUCAACCCUCGACAACUCAACACGGCCACUUCUUCGCGACCUACUCGCUUUUUUGCACAAUAACCUUUAAAUAAUAUUAAAACCAUUGACACCUAACAAACUCGAUGAAUAGUUAGAGCUGUAUUCUGAGUUGACCUCAAAAGAUUCAUGCCUGGAGGGUUGCCAGGGUGGUUUUUUUUUUUUUUUUUUGUACUAAGCAUAUAUGGCACUUUUCUCUGUUGUGUGUAGAUCACUCCCUUUAAAAGAAGCACUCAGCUUUAAAAUGGGUUUCGAAAUGUGAUGCGGUGAUAAAAAGAGUUUCAACAUAUACAAUAAUACACAUAUGAAAAAAAAGGAAAAAGAUAAAUGUGAUAGCAUUGCAUUUGCAUAUACACUCUACACUGGGAAACUGUGUUUAACUGGCUACUUAGACAACAUGAUCUUUAUUUUGAAUAAAUUAUUAUUAUUAUAAAUAAACAAUAAUUCGGUAUAAUUUAGGGGGGGUUUCCUAGAGACUCUAAAUGUGUCAUAUAGAAACUCAGUUAGGUCAAGAAUUCUUUUAUAUUCAAUAAUUAAUCAGUAAUUCAAUUAUUCUUUAUUUUUCACUGUUUUCAGAGACAAUGUCAAGGAUUUUUCCAGCCCACCAAGGAAAUUGUGAUAAUAAUCUUUGCCCUUGUCAUGCCUUGCCAUCUUUUCCUUAAAUUUGCUUCCAACUAUUGUAAUUGCUAACUAAAAAAAAACUUAGAUGCCACACUCCAAAAAAAACGACAUUUUAGAAGUGGAAGUCUCUUGAAUAAAGAUAUAUUUCUCUUUUGUUUACUAUUAUGCAGUUACAAAAACCUAAUAUGAGUAUUAAACUUGUUUCAAGCCUGCUGAUUUCAAGCUUGUUUUAAAAUAAUAGUUAUUGUAAGCAAUUAUUUCAGAAAAGGAGCAAAGUGAUCCGUCAACAAACUAGAAAACAAACCUGAAGUGAGUCAAAAUGUCCAGAAAUAGGUCUCAUAUUUGGGUUAUUGUAACAAGAAAUACUAUAUAGAGUUGACAAUAUUCAAACCUAUAGUCAAACCUCUAUUUUCAAAAAUAUAACGGUGGUAGCUUAGUGGUUAAUGCAUGGGACUUUGGCUCAGAAGAUCAUGAGUUGAAAUUUCGAACACACAAUAAGCUGCUACUACCGGGCCCUUGAGCAAGGCCCUUAAUCCUAUUUACAUUUAGCAGAUGUCUUUGUCCAGAGCAAAAUAGCCGCUCAUAGCUGCUCAGUUGUAUGAACGAGGUAAAUGUAAAAUUUUCAGUUGCUAAACUUAUAUUUUGCGAUGAUGUAUUUAGAAAUAAGUAAACAAAUAUAUAAUAAGCAAACAAAUAAAAUAAGGUGAAUAAACAAAGCUCAGUUUAAUGCAUCACUACUAUAAAAAUAUUCUACUUCAUUUUAUUUAUAUGUCCCUGAUACAUCCUUAUAACAAAAUUCAUGGAUUGAAAUUCUGCAUCUGCUGCUGGCAUGUUGCAAAAAUGCAUACAAUUAUUUAUCUCCUGAUUUGCACUAUUAUAUUUCUAACGUAAUGCAAUUUAAAUGCAAUGUUUUUUUGUGCAUUGUACAGUCAAAACCCAACUUUCGAAGUAAACAAAGUUUUGGCACUAGAUUUGUUCAGUGCCUCUAUUUUAGGUAGAAUAUACUAAGCUCUGAAUCCUCACUUCAUGUGCAUAACCCUGAAUACAGGCCUCAGUGUGAAAUGAUGCGUUUUAUCUAGACUGAAUAUAUCAAGCUCAUUUUCCUGUGCCCUUAAAUAAUUAUGCUUAUGUUUCCUAAGCAGUUGUAGCACUGUGUAACACCUGGAAGUUUGUCUACACAGUACUAUUUAGCAUUAUGGACUAUACCUGGGUUCAGUAUGUUAUGCAUUACAUAUUAUACUCAAUGGAAACGAAUAAACAUUGCAUAAUGUAUUACAGUGA